GCGAAUCCGCCCCCGCACUAUCGAUUGUCCCCUCUCCCGGCGCCGGCCGCGUCAGCAUGCAAACCUUGAUCUGUCCUAAAUCCAAAUCCAAACAGUGCGUGCAGUGAUAACCACGAUGGCAAUAGACAAGCUCGCGGCUCUCCAGGCCGCCCAAGACGACUCCGACCCCGAGGACACCUACGACCUGCUGUGCGAGAAUGACCCGACGAUGGAGGCCUUGUUCAGCGAGAUCCAAGUCAUCCGCGAGAUGCUCAGCCGCAUCGAGGAGUGCGUCAAGGAGGUGAAGGAGCUGCACAGCACCUUGCUGACGGCACCGCAAAGCGACCCCAAGGAUCAGCACCGUCUGGAGGACCUCGAGGCCGAGAUCAAGCAGAAUGCCAACCGGGUGCGAUCCAAGCUCAAGCAGAUGGAGCCUGAGGACGAAGGGGAUACCUCCUCGGCGGAGUCGCGGAUGCGGAUGGCCCAGCACAUGACGCUGACCAAGAAGAUGAAGGAGAUCAUUACGGACUACACUAAGGCGCAGGUGAAUUACAGCGCCCUCUGCAAGGCCCGGCUGAUUCGCCAGCUGGAAAUCGUCGGCAAGCAGUGCACAAACGAGGAGGUCGACGAGAUGCUGGAAAACGGGGAUGUUUCCGUCUUCACCUUCGAAAUCACGACUGACACCCGGGUAGCAAAGCAGCAAUUAGCCGACAUCGAGGCCAGACAUGCCGACCUGAUGAAGCUGGAAACGUCCAUCAAAGAGUUGCACCACAUGUUCCUGGAUAUGGCGAUGCUGGUGGAAGGCCAGGGAGAAUUGAUGGAUCGAAUCGAGUAUCAGGUCGGAUUGACAAAGGAUUACGUCGAAGAAGGCACGAGGGAACUGAACCAAGCCGCAAGGGCAAAAGACAAGGCUCGAAAGAAGAAAAUCAUGAUUGUAGUGUGCCUUACGAUAACUGGUAUUGUUACGUUCGGUAUUACAGGAGGAAUGUUAUUUUAAAUUGUCGGUGUGACAAAAUGAGUGGUGACGGCAAGGUGCUGGUUUUGAGGGUGAUGGAAAGAGGUAAGAAGUUCUGGGGUUUCUGGGCAGGAUCAUCAGAUAAAACUAGAACUCACAUAAUGCUGACGUCAUCACUUAUUUUGUCUAUCACGAUAGAUACAUAGACUUUACUAUACGAAAAAGUCUGCCUCAAGUACUUAAGUAGUGUAGCUAGCUAUAGUUUCCCAUUUUUUCGUAUAGAAAAGUCGAUUUCACGCAAUGUGCCAUGUUUUACGUCAAUUACAUGGUGUCGUCAAUUUUACGUGAACAAAUGGUUAUUAAUUACGUCAUAUUCACGAAAAAUUUGGCGUUAGUAAUGAUAGUCAAAUGUCCCGUCCUAGUGACGUCAUCUUGUAACGAACUGUUACUGACUGAAUUAUUGACUUAUUGGAAACGUCAUUUAUUGUCCAUUUUAAGACGCUUCCUAUAUUUUGCUACCUUGGGUUUUUAGAACGAAAUAUGGAAUGAAAUGAAACACUAAAUAAUUUCAUAUUUUUAUAUUGUUGACCCUAAAUAAAGUUUUUUAUAAUUCGAUAUAAUUAACAAUAAUUAAAGAUAAAUCAACCUUAAGAACACAAAAAUACAUAUGUACAAGUACACAACAUUAUAAGAAAACUGUAAUCAAACUUUUGUGAUUAAAUUGUCUUUCCCUUACCAAAUUUUUAUGUUUUGCGAAACACUGUGAUAAAAAUAAAUACUAUGUAAUACUAUAGACCUAACCUAACCUAACGUAACACUUACCGGUCUUUUACCGAAGGUUGUCGCAUAUUUUUCGAUGGAGUUGUUAUUAAAAGAAUGAACUGAUGCGCGUUUUGCUUGAUAAUCUCGUAUUUUAUACGUAUUGUUUAAAAUAUAGACGUGUAAAUAUCCGUUAUUUGAAUAUUAUGUAAUGAGAAUAACGGAUAGUAAGUGCCAAUCAAAUGUGCCAAUUAACCGCCAUGACAAUAAAAUUUUGUAACGGAGGUUGGCAUCACUUCUGUCCUCACGUUGACAGUUUUACUGUCGACUUACCUAUUAAGUUUGUUGCGGUGU